AACCGGGGUAGCUAUUUCAUCCGAAACACCGGCCUCACUCUCACCCUGUUUAAUCGUCGUGUUGUCUGUGAAUUAGAGUUACAUUCAAAGAAUACACGACAUUCUGUUGUGAUGAAUAGUUAAAACUAUAGAGUGAGACAAUGAAAGUGUUUUAAAAAUGUUUUCUGGGGUAAUAAAUCAAGAUAAAGUAUCUCAGAUCAUUUUAUACUCAACUGUCCCUUGGUCACGUGACGCCUGUUUGUUGACAUGGUAACAGUACACUUCCUGGAGUGCAGAGAGCAGAGAGCAUCUUAACUUUGACCUCUCUGUGUUUAAAUUUAACUCUUACCUUCAUCCAGAGGCAGAAACAUGUCUGAUAUCGGAUCUGAUGACUUUGAUGAUGAACAGAACAAACUCGGGGAGUAUGAAGGAGACAGAAAUGAAGCCGGAGAGAGACACGGAGACGGUAAAGCUGUCCUUCCUAAUGGAGACGUGUAUCAGGGGCAGUAUAAGAGCGGACAGAGACACGGGGAGGGGACAUAUCGCUUCAAAAACGGGGCAAGAUAUGUGGGAGGUUAUUACCAGAACAUGAAACAUGGAGAGGGCACCUUCUACUACCCAGACGGGUCUAAAUAUGAAGGAUCGUGGGUGGAGGACCUGAGGCACGGUCACGGAAUCUACACUUACCCCAACAAAGACACGUAUGAUGGAGAGUGGAUGCACCACAUGAGACAUGGUCAGGGUGUUUACCACCAUCACGAAACUGGCUCCAAGUACACAGGAUCAUGGGUUAACGGCAAGAUGGAGUCAUCCGGAGAGUACAUCCACUCCAACCACAGAUACAAGGGGAACUUUGCAAACAGCUCCCCGUGGGGCCCGGGGAGGUAUGUGUUUGACAUCGGCUGUGAGCAGCAUGGAGAAUACCACCAAACAGAGCAGGACCGAGCUGAGGGCGCAUUUGGCGAGUUGGCCUCCACCGCCGUCCUCACGUGGGUUCCAAAGUGCAUCACCAGCCUGACGCCGUGGACUCCAGACAGAGACUCUGCAGUAGGUGAGAAGUACACACCUCCAGCAGAGGAGAGCACAGAGAGCUGAUCUACACGAUCAGACCACAGCCCGGCACCGCUCCACUUCUGUUCAGGAGUAACACCAUCACAUAAAGACAAAUGUAAAUAAAACUUUGAAUCCUGUA